AAUUCAACAAACAAAGAUAAAAAAAAUUCUUCUGAUCAUUUUUUCAUAUUUAAAUUAAUCGAGAGAGGGGAGGAAAACAAACCGAAAAAAUGUUCACCACAAUCAAUCGAAACAAUAACAAUGAUGAUUCUGGUUAUUUGGUACAAAAUUAUGCUGGUGGUAGCUCAUCUAAUCAUGAUUAUCGAGGAAAAAUCAAACAAGAUCCAACAUUAUUAUCCACAUAUGGUUAUCCGCAUCAUCAUCUGAAUAAUAACAACAAAAUGACAACAGCAACAGCUGCAACUGCUUCGGGUCUUUAUCAUCAAUCUUUAUCAACGACAGUGGUAGAGUUAUCGGAUAAUAAUCAAAAUCAAAAUAAUCCACAUAAAUUGAUAACAAGUAAAAUUACAUAUUAUGCAUUGAUUGUAAUAUUGAUUACAGGUAUAAUGAUGUUGGUUGUCGUUCCAAUUGGCAGUACAUUUUUAUUCAUCGAUUAUAAACAACAGCUUGCACAACGAAAAUCCAAUAAAAGUGAUUUUUGUAAAUCAAAAUGUCAAUAUGGUGCUGAAUGUAUAUUGGAUGAUUAUACAAAUCAAUCAUAUUGUCGUUGUCCAUUAACAAGUUGUCCAGAUGAUUAUCAACCUGUUUGUGGUUCUGAUAAUAUAACAUAUAUUAAUAAAUGUCAUCUAAAAUUGGAAUCAUGUAAUAAACAACAAAAUAUUCGUAUAACAUUGAAUGGUACUUGUGAUUCAGCAUUAUGUAAAAAUAUUGUCUGUCAACGUUAUCAACAUUGUCAAUUGAAUGAAAAUGGCCAAACACAAUGUGUUUGUUCACAGCAACAACAAUCAUCGGAUGCUUGUCGUAACAAGCAACCAGUUUGCGGUUCGAAUGGAAAAUUAUUCGAUUCGUUAUGUGAAUUGGAAAAAUAUUCCUGUAUUUAUAAUAUCGAUUUGUUACCGGUCGAUGAUAUUACAUUCUGCUCGGGUUCUCAUCAUGUAUCAACAACAACUAAACAACAGCAACAGAAAACAUCAUCAGCCGAAGCCGCAUCAAUAACAAAAUGGUCUAAUUAUGGAGAUGAUCAUCAACAAAAUGUUAAAUGUGGUGAUCAAAUAUGUCAUUAUUAUGCUAAAUGUCAACAAACAACCGAAAAUGUUUCAUCAACAACAACUUUGUUAUUAUCAUCAAGCCCGGGGACAUCAUCAUCAACAACAACAAUUGCAACAAUGAAAAAGUGUCAAUGUCAGAAUAAUUGUUCAAAUGAAUAUGAUCCUGUUUGUGGUAGUAAUCAACAGAAUUUUCCAAAUGAAUGUGAAUUACGAUCAUAUGCAUGCUCAAGGCAAUUAAAUAUAACUAAAUUAUAUAAUGGUAUUUGUGGUAAAUGUUAUCCUGAAUGUAAUUAUUAUUCAAAAUGUCAGCUAAAUGAACAAAAUAAUAAUAUACCGGAAUGUAUUUGUCCACAAGUUUGUAUACGUGUUGAUCAGCCUGUUUGUGGAGAUAAUGGCAUAACAUAUGAAAAUGAAUGUGAAUUACAAAUAGCAUCAUGUCGUUUACGUAAACAGAUUAAUAUACAAUUCAAUUCAAGUUGUGAUUUAUGCCACAACGUUAUUUGUCAUUAUGGAGCUACUUGUGUUAAUGGUGAAUGUUUAUGUACAAAUAAUUGCCAAAAUAAUCUUGUUGAAGAACCAUUAUGUGCUAAUGAUGGUAAUACAUAUCGUAAUGAAUGUGAAAUGAAUCGAAUGGCUUGUAAUAGCCGUAAAGAAUUGAUUGCAUUAUUCUAUGGACAAUGUGAAGAAACAAAUAAUGAAAAUUAUUUAGAAGAAUUUCAUCAAUUAAUACAUCAAGAUGAAUCGAAUCAUCAUUAUGAUCAAAUUAAAUCCGAUCAACCAACAACAUCAUUGA